UUUACUGGAGCGUGUGCUGUGUAGUCCUGUUAAAUUAAUCUCUCAUUGUUGGAAAAAAGUGAUUUUUCAAAUAACAAUGGCUUGUUACUAACACACACCAUGGAAAUUAACGUCUCCAUCCCGACACCAGUUGAGUAUAAUGUGACAGAGACGGAUAUAACGAUACAGGGGACGCUAGAGGCUCACCGCCCAAUCAAAAUUGGGAUAAUAUCAGUUUUGGGAGUGAUGAUAACGUUGGGAAACAUCGCAGUGGUGAUGGUCAUAGCUUCCGCUGUAUCGGGAUGGUCGAGAAACUCCCGGUAUUUCCUUUUAUCGUUAACCGGAGCCGACUCGGCGUUCGGGUUGCUCAUCAUGCCUCUAAAUCUGUGCGUCAGUUUCAUGAAGGAAUAUAACAAGGGCCCGGACCCGUUCUGUCACGUGGUGGCGUUUUUUAACGCGACUAUCUAUUCCACGUGCAUGUACACACUCGCAACCAUAAGUCUGGAGAGAUAUAUCGCCGUGUUUUACCCCUUAAAAUACUCCACCCUGCUGACGAGGAGGAGGGCGCUGCUUUUGAUCUCGUUCGCGUGGAUCUUCCCACCCGUCCUCCUCGUGCCCAUCUCGUUUCCAGCGGGCAUCAUUGAGGUUUACUUCUCGCGAGCGUCGCUCGUGUGCAACCCCCUGUACUCCAGCAACGUCACGUACUCGCUCACGUUGACGUGCUUCAUCUUCUUUCCGUGCUCUGCUAUCAUGACCUUCUGUAACCUCAGGCUCUGGAUAGCUGCUAGGAGACAGAGGGUCAGGCUGAGGAAACACAACUGGGGUGGAGGAUACAGACCUAAAGUGGCCUUACGUGUACUCGUGCCCGUCAUGACCGUGUACUACACCUGCUGGACCCCCUGCAUGGUGAUCAUGCUUUACAAUGCUAUUUCAGGCAGUGGCGUCCCAGAGUGGGUAGAGUUUAUUGCUGUCUGGCUACCAACCUCCAAUGGCUUCCUCAAUUGUAUCUUUUACUUCUGGAUCAACCAUAGCUUUAGAAAGAAAUUCCAUCUGGUCCUUCAGAAACUCUGUCUAGGACUCUGUCCAGGCACUGACACGGAUUCUGGUUGCGUCAGCUCCGCAGAGUCGUCCGUGAUUCCUGGAUGGAACAGUAACUACUCACUUCAUGAGCGAUUUUCUAGCGUGUCUUCCACCUGCACGUUAUUCACGCUCACGAGAACCGAGACCAACAUCCGUGAACCAGUACCGGCUUGAGGAACCUUUAUACCUUUUGAAGUUUUAAGGUCUCGCCUCUGAGGUGUCAUUAAUUUGUGUCCAGUUCUAGAUGGAAAAUAACUUUACAGAUAAGCUUCUUUUAAUCAUCAUUCUCAAAGGUUUCUCUGUCCAUAUCUUUGUUCUUUUUAGUUUAAUGGCUUUUGGUGCCUUUUUACCUUUUGAUGGCACUAUCUCAUAUUUACUCAGGAAAUGUCAUGUUUCUUUAAAGAAAGAUAUUGCAUUAACACACACACACACAUUUUUGCACACAUUUCUUUAUCUAGCAAAUCCGAUAUUAAGUAACUGAGGAAAGUUAACCUUUAAAUCUCAGUAAUGGAGUUUAUGCAGAUAGGGGAGUAAUUAGGCAGGUAAUGUAAAGGUCAGAUCAGCUAUGCCUUUUGGCUUUAACAUUUUCGCAUCAUGACAUUUUCUUUUCAAACAUUAAUUUUAUAUGUCCAGCAAAGUAGGCCUUUUUGUUACAUUUCAGGCAUUCUCUAUCCACCCAGGACCAGCAAAACCAAGUAAAUGUAUGGAUAUCAAAUUGGUGGGCUGAAAAAAGCUGCCGUGCUCAGAGGGUGAAAUUACGUGAAAGCACCACUUCUUGACUGUGUUGUAAAAUUGAACUUUAAAUCUGAAUUUUAAAUUUGUUUUAGCUUAAGCACUUGUUAAAAAAUGUGAGUUUUCAAGGUGAAAUGUCUGUGUGGUGGAGGUUUAAAUAAGCAUGCAUAUGAAAGCUGUUAAUGGAAGUAUUAUACAGAAAAAAAUUAUGUUUGGAUACUAAAUGUUUUCUGUGUGUAAAUAAUAAAUUUUUUAUACUGUUUAUAAAUGUUUAUAUAAAAUGUUAAGACUUCUGUUUGUUGUACAAAAAAUAAAGCGUCAAUGCCCACU